AUGCCUGCCCUCGCGGAGCAGGGCACCCAAUGCCUCCGCAGUAUCUUCUUCGUGAGCAAUGUACAUUGCUCCUCGUGUGUGGCCUAUAUCUCAGAAGUCCUGGACGAGAUCCCGGGCCUGAUUGAGCUCGAUGUCUCCAUCUUUACCCAUGAGGUCCGCGCCGUCCACACGGUGGACACCAAGCCCUCCGAUCUGGCCACGGCGUUGAUACAAGCCGCUUUCGAGGUCCAUCAUGUCACCACCUACGACCUGCAAGGGACAAUUGUCUCCGACAUGGAUACCUCGUCCUGGCUCCCCCGAGACUCCAUCCUCUUCUCUCCUCAGUCCAACCCACAGCCCAUUUCGAAUCAAUCCGCCCAAAGACACGCCGAGAAUUGCGACGCUUGUCGUAAAGAAGAACUCGAAAUCGCUUCGACUGACCCCGCGGCACUGGAGCGAACCGUCUCAGUUGCGGCCUCGGCUGAAGGUUCCGUCACCACGCACGUCACCUCCUCGUCACAGUCGCCGAAAGACCAUGGAAGAUUUCGUGCCCGUGUGAGCAUCGGGGGAAUGAGCUGCGCAUCGUGUGUCAACUCCAUUACCGAUGAAGUCAAACAUCUCGAUUUCGUCCUCGACGCGACGGUCAAUCUACUGACCAAUAGCGCAACGCUGGUCUAUCGCGGGCCCCAGGAAAACAUCAAUAAAGUGGUCGAGCAGAUCGACGAUAUUGGAUUCGAGGCGUCUGUGGAUGAAGUCAGUCCCGAGGAGAUGGCUUCGCCGUCUGGUCAACGCCCGUCGUCCACUUUCGUCGCGGAGCUGGCCAUCAACGGCAUGACCUGCGGCUCCUGCGUUGGGGCUGUAACCCGAGGUCUCCAGGAACUGCCGUUCGUGACGGACGUCUCCAUCAAUCUUUUGACGCAUGGCGGAAGAGUCGAGUUCAAUGGGCGCGAGAAUCUGGACGCAGUGACUGAAAAAGUCGAAGACUUAGGGUACGACGUCUCUGUCAACAGCGUCUCUCCAACGGCCGCGGUCGCCGACGAAACCGAGACCAGGUCAAUCGCUAUUCACAUCGAUGGCAUGUUCUGCCACCACUGCCCGGAAAAGGUGUAUAAAGCGCUUGAAAAGCUCCCGGACAUCAGCGUAGACCCCGGUUUAUCGGUCAAGAACCCAAUCCUGAAGGUCACCUACAUCCCCCAUGCUCCAUCUUUUACCAUCAGAGAGAUCCUUCAAACCGCGGAGAAGGCGCAUGAUUCUUUCGUGGCGACGGUAUACCACCCUCCCAGCAUCGAGGACCGUUCGCGCGCGAUGCAGCGACAAGCAAAGAGCCGGCUGCUAGCACGGUUUCUUUUCGUCUUGUUGGUGGUCAUCCCAACCUUUGUGAUCGGCAUCGUGUUCAUGACUCUGGUGUCGCCCGAAAACAAGACGAGAAAGUACCUAGAGCAGCCCAUAUGGGCCGGCAACGUCUCGCGGCAGGAGUGGGCUCUCCUCAUCAUGGCGACCCCAGUCAUGCUAUACGGAGCCGAUCUAUUCCACGUGCGGGCCAUCAAGGAGAUCUACUCGCUCUGGCGUCCCGGCAGUCGUGUACCCGUCCUCCGACGCUUUUACCGCUUCGGAAGCAUGAACCUCUUGAUCUCUGCCGGAACAACCGUGGCUUACGUCUCCUCCUUAGCGGUCUUGAUCAUGGAUGCGGUGGCAGACACAUCGUCCGACGCACACAGCGCCAACUACUUUGAUUCGGUUGUGUUUCUGACCUUUUUCAUCCUCGCCGGCCGGCUCAUCGAAGCAUACAGUAAAGCCAAAACCGGCGAUGCGGUCGCAGCACUCGGGCAACUGCGGCCUUCGGAAGCACUUUUGGUCACCGGAGGCGGCGAGAUCCAACGGAUCAGCUACGACCUACUGGAGAUCGGCGACGUGGUCAGCAUCCCCCACGGUGCAUCGCCCCCGGCGGACGGGAAUGUCGUCGGUCCCGGAUCCUACCAAUUCGACGAAAGCUCUCUGACGGGAGAGUCAAGACCCGUGAGCAAGAAAUCCGGCGACGCAGUGUACACGGGGUCCGUGAACGUCGGACAGCCCGUCCAAAUCAAGGUAUCCGCCCUCGGGGCAGCGUCCAUGCUGGAUCAGAUCAUCGCCGUGGUGCGCGAGGGCCAGAGCCGACGCGCGCCGCUGGAGCGAUUCGCAGACAUACUCACGUCCCACUUCGUGCCGGUGAUCACGCUCAUCGCCAUCCUGACCUUCGUCAUCUGGCUGGCCCUAGGGCUAUCGGGGGCUCUCCCCGCCGAUUAUCUGGACAAUGCGCGCGGAGGCUGGACGUUCUGGAGUCUCGAAUUCGCUAUUGCGGUCUUUGUCGUCGCGUGCCCCUGCGGCCUUGCACUUGCUGCGCCCACGGCGCUCUUCGUUGGAGGCGGCCUGGCUGCCAAACAGGGUAUCCUCGCCAAGGGCGGAGGCGAGGCCUUCCAGGAAGCGAGCAAUCUCGAUGCCAUCGUCUUCGACAAGACCGGAACGUUGACCGAGGGGGGUAGCCUCAAAGUGUCCGACCACGAGUCGCUCGUCGCUUCCCCUGAGCAAGUGCAGGCCGCUUGGGCUUUGGCGCGAAAGCUCGAGGAGAGCAGCAACCACCCCAUCGCACGAGCCAUUUCGGAGUUCUGCAACGAGAAAUUGGGAGACGGUGUAUCUAUCUUAGACGCCGACAUCGAGGAGAUCUCCGGACAGGGAAUGAAGGGCAGAUUCACUGUCUCUACCAAUCAGUCCGAGACGACCGCAACCACCCAAUACGAAGCAGCAAUCGGCAACCAGCGUCUCCUCGAGAAUCUAGUUUCCCUCAGCGAAGAUGACACUCUCAACCUCUCCAAAGCCCUAUCCAAAUACCAAGCUGCAGGAAAAUCCACCGCCAUCCUCUCCAUCCGCCAAACACCAUCACCAACCACCAACAGCAACGAACCCACCCCACCCUUCACCCCAGCCCUCAUCUUCGCCAUCUCCGACACCAUCCGCCCCGAAGCAGCGCAAGUCAUCUCUGACCUCCAAAAAACCCGCAAAGUCGCAACCUACAUGUGCACCGGCGACAACGAAACAACCGCCAAAGCAGUCGCCUCAAUGAUCGGCAUUCCGCCCACAAACAUCAUCGCGAACGUCACUCCCGCCGGAAAAGCCGACUUCGUGCGCCGCAUCCAAGACGGACUUUUCCAAAACAACUCCACCACCCUCACCCUCUCCGAAAUCGAAAACCAGCGCUCUACCAGCAAUAACAAAACCCACAAACGUCCCGUCGUCGCCUUCGUCGGCGACGGCGUCAACGACUCCCCAGCGCUCGCAGCCUCCGACGUCAGCAUAGCAAUGGCCUCAGGCUCCGACGUAGCCAUGAAUUCCGCCGACUUCAUCCUGCUCAACUCCGAGCUGAACUCCAUCCUCAACCUAGUGGUUCUCAGCCGGCGGGUGUUCAACCGCGUGCGCGUCAACUUCGCCUGGGCGCUCGUGUACAACAUGGCUCUUGUGCCUGUUGCCGCGGGCGUCUUUUACCCUAUUGUUAGUGGUCAUGAGCGGAGGAUGGUUGGUGAUGAUGGCCAUAUGGUGGAUGUUGAUAUGCAUUGGAGGUUGGGGCCCGUGUGGGCUGCGCUGGCUAUGGCGUUGAGUAGUAUUUCGGUUGUUUGUAGUAGUCUUGCGCUGGGGAUUGAUUGGAGUUGGUUGAGGGGGUUGGUGGGGUUUAAGAAGGGUUGA